UUUUGAAACCGUAAGGAACAGCUCCUACAUUCGUCUGUAGUUUCGUUGUUUUCACAAAGUAUAUAUAUAUAUUGACAAUGUUUCAGAAACAGACUGUACGUGUUUUCCACAAGUUUUUUGAGGGAUUCUAGAAUGAGAGCUGGUGGCAGGUGCUGAGAGUGAUGACAGAGUUGGUGCCUUGGUGGUCACAUGGAAGUAACUCAAAUGGGUUGCCUCAGAUCCAGGUAACCCAUUUGUUGCCCGUUUCUUCUAGGAUUCUCUAUUUUGUUUUUGUUGUUUUUCCCCUCUUUUUCUUGUGUUUCUUAGAUACUGAGACAUUUUUUUCUCAUAUCUAAUCAAUCUGAUCAGGCUCAUAUUUCUUCUUUUCUUUUUUUUCUUUUUUUCUUUUUUUAAGUCCCGUCUCCCACUGGUUGUUGGGGGUUAGAUAUAGAAGCCUCCAGCGAGUGUCUAGAGGUAUCUACAUAUAUCUAGCAUGUGGGUUCAGUAUAUUAUUUGAUUCUCACAUAAUGGAAGUUUAAAUCCUUUUUCUUUUUUAAUAAGGGUUCAUAUUAUUCUAUUGCUCCCUAGCUCCAAUUUGUUUGCACUUUGUACAAUCUUCUAGGUUGGUUCUAUCUCAGAUCAUAGAAUUUGUUUCAUCUCUUUUUGUUAAUAAGUGAGUCUUGCCUGUUGAAGGCAAUUUACAUACCUCUGAAACCAUCGUAUGUUUAAUUGAGUCCAACCCAUAUUAGAAGAGAGAGAGAUAAACUAGUUGAGGACUAGUAGUUUAUUCUGGAGGGUUUGGAAAGUUGAGUUUUACUGCUACAAGGCAAAAAGGGAUAUGGGAGGUCGAUUUAGGCUAGGUAAUAUGGUCUGUAAUGAGUCAGUAGUAACAACACAGAUGGAAAUCAAUAAUGGGCUCAAGCUUCUGGCAAACACAACUCCCUUGUUAUCAAGACCUACAACGAAACCAAGUCCACCUUAUGAGUCAAUUUCAUGUAGAAAUUAUGGUUACGGUAGUAAUAAUUGUCAAAGUGGAAUUGGUAUAGUAUCAGAAUCUGAAGAUGAAAAAAACAGGGGAGGAGGAACCACUGUAUCAAAUUUGGUCACUCAAAAGGAAGGUGAUAACAUUGCUACGAUGGAUGUUGAGGUGCAGCAUGCACAAGAUCCUUCCACAAUGGUGUUGGAUCCUGAGGGUAAGGAAGCCAAUAGAUCUAAUGGAUCUGAUCCAAAAUUAUUUACUGCACCUCCCGAGUUGCUGCAGGAAAAGAAGAUAUGUAGAGCUAGUAGCCAAAACAUUUUAGAACUGGAUUGUCCACCCCUUUGGGGUUUCACAACUAUGCGCGGAAGGAGGCCAAAGAUGGAAGAUGCUGUCGCAGUUGUACCCCGAUUUUCACAAGUUCCUACUCAAAUGCUGUUGAAUGACCAUGUUCCUAAUGGUGUGAAUAAUCAUCAUUUAAGUCAAUUAAAUGCCCAUUUCUUUGGCGUCUAUGAUGGACAUGGUGGCUGUCAGGUUGCAAAUUAUUGCCACAAACGUCUCCAUUUGGCUUUGAUGGAGGAGAUAGAAAUCACAAAAGUGAGCUUGUCUGAUGGAGGAAGCAAUGAGAAUAGUUGGCAGGAGCUGUGGAAGAAAGCCAUCUUGAAUUGUUUUCUCAAAGUUGAUGCUGAAAUUGGGGAAGCUCACAGAGGCAGUAAUGGAAGCAACAGUGAUGCCUCAGAGGUUUUUCAAGAAUCUAUUGCCCCUGAAACUGUUGGGUCUACUGCCGUGGUUGCCAUUUUAUGUUCAACCCACAUUGUAGUUGCAAAUUGUGGGGAUUCAAGAGCAGUCUUGUGUCGUGGAAAAGUACCUAUGCCAUUGUCAGUAGAUCACAAACCAGAUAGAGAAGACGAACAUGCAAGGAUAGAAGCUGCAGGAGGCAAGGUCAUACAAUGGAAUGGAUCCCGUGUUUUCGGCGUUCUCGCAACUUCCAGGUCCAUUGGUGAUAGAUACUUGAAACCAUGGGUUAUUCCGGAUCCAGAAGUGAUGUUGGUUCCUCGGGCAAAGCAGGAUGAGUGCCUUAUUUUGGCCAGUGAUGGCUUAUGGGAUGUCAUGACAAACGAGGAGGCAUGUGAUGUUGCAAGAAAGCGGAUCUUUCUGUGGCACAAAAAGCAUGGCAAUAGCCUGCCUGUAGAAAGAGGUGGUGUUGAUCCUGCACCACAAGCUGCAGCAGAGUGCCUCUUAAGGCUUGCUCUCCAGAAGGGAAGCAAAGACAACAUCACCGUAAUAGUCAUUGACUUGAAAGCUCAAAGGAAGUUGAAAAUAAAAACCUAGGCAACAAGUUCACCCAUCUACCAUAACUUUUUAGAUAAGUUAGCAGAAGUAUAUAAUAUGGUUAUAAUCAAUAACAUGGUCCAGCCUUGCAAAUUUUUUUUUUUUUUUUGCCUGGGCUGCUUGCGGCUUAGUUAGUUCCCCUUAAUUAGGUUUCUCAUAUAUAUUUGGGUUGUGCUCCUCUCCACCUUUUAAUAAGAGAUUUUAUUAUUAU